GUCUUCAAUCUAUCUAUAAGAUGAUCCGUCUCUUCACCGUCUUCAUUGGAAUCGCUUGGCAAACAAAUGCCCGACCGACUAUCUUGUGCCUGGCAACCAAAUGCCGACUUCUUCACCGACGAUCCAAGUUGCGCAACCACCGUGAAAAUCGCCGAGGAUCUAGUCGUCUUCUCCAUCGUCAUUGCGUUGGGUUGAAGAAGCAGGUCAUUCGUUGGGGUUUGGUGGACUUUUUUCGCUUUUCUUCCGCAGGCGCGCUGUCUUUAGGGAUGAUGGCUUAGAAAAUUGCUUAUCAAAUUCCUGUUUCACUCUGGAUUUAGAUCGGGUAUACUCUAUGGAACGCGGAGUACAGAAUCUCAUUGAUGAGGAAUUUUGAUAUACAGUCAGACAGUUGGAGUAGAUCGGAUUUUGCAGAGGAGAAUCAUGUUCUGGAAGUGAAGAGUAGUGAUGAGACAGACGAUGAUCGGUGUGCAGAUUAUUUGGAGAAGAUGGAUAUCAAAAGCAUUGGGGCUUUGUCUCCUGAAGCUCUGAACUAUAUUCAGAACCUAGAAUCCGAACUAUCUUUGUCUAAGAAGGAACUGGAUGAGAAGAAGCAGGAAAAUGCACAAAUAGAAAGUUGUAUGAGAGAAAAUAACAAUGACCUAUUAGAGUAUUUGAGGUCCUUGGAAUCUGAUAUGGUAACUGAACUAUCACAGCCAUCUUCAUCAGAAGUUGAGGAUAUUAUUCGAAAACUUGUUCAAAAUAUUUUACGCCAAUUCUAUAAAGAAGCUUCAUUAAGGAAUGCGGCCGAGACUGAAGAGCUACACAACAGUAUAACCGCUUCUUCACGUGAUUACCUAGCAAAGCUUCUAUUCUGGUCAGCCCAUUUUUUCUGGGAAAUUUGAGCAGAUGACCCCACUGACAUGGUGAAUUACCAUUUGUGCGGGUGAAUAAUUUAAAUAGCGCUGGUGACCCUCUUCUAUCGCCUUCUUGUGUCCUCCAUUAUGACCGGGUAUACGCUAUGGAACGCUGAGUACAGAAUCUCAUUGAUGAGGAAUUUUGAUAUACAGUCAGACAGUUGGAGUAGAUCAGAUUUUGCAGAGGAGAAUCAAUGUUCUGGAAGUGAAGAGUGAUGAAACAGAAGAUGAUCGGUGUGCAGAUUAUUUGGAGAAGAUGGAUAUCAAAAGCAUUGGGGCUUUGUCUCCUGAAGCUCUGAACUAUAUUCAGAACCUAGAAUCCGAACUAUCUUUGUCUAAGAAGGUUAGUGAUAGUAUCUUUGGUCAUGAGUACUAAUAUGAUCCCUAUUUAAAAAUUGUAUAGACAAUCUUGCCUUUUAAAUAGUUCAAAUGCAAAUACACUACAAUCAAAGAAGUUUAGAGGCAAAUAUGCUCUUAAGUACAUUUUGUUAUGCAGUUCUGAUCUUAUUGUUUAAAGAAU